UGGGGAACGAUUCGAGAAGUCAUGGCUCGCGCGAGCGUGUUGUCAACGCAGCGUUCUGCCAAUAGUGUUCGAGAGCCUAAUGGCAUUCCUCCUCCAUCUACGAUUGCUGCUCAGAUUGUAAAUCAUCACGCGCAGAGCAGCACAGCACGCGAGCCAGAGAAAAAGGCCAUCUUUGCUCAACUGCUGCAGGACUACUUGAAAGAUACAUCAUCUGCAGAAGAGCCAGAUCCUGAUGUCAAUGCACAGCUCGUAACGGUUGUUGCUGAAGCAGGCCUUUCAGGGUUCACAGAAAAUCCUUUCGACCAACAGACCCUAAUUGCUCAAGCCAUAGACAGUCUGUAUGUUAUUGAGCUAAUACUGAAACGGACUCCAGAGCUCAUUUUGUUCCGGACGACUCAAGAGGAUGACAGUAAAGGACCUCGUCUUUUUACUACGCUGCUCCCAAAGAUCUUGUUCCUCGUAGGUCGAAAUGGUCUUGACGAGCUGCAACAACACUUGUGCUCCCUUUUAGUAGGAUGCUUUAAGACUCUACAUGGGUCUGGGUCACUAUGGCGUGAAUCCAUGUCAUUGCUAGACAUCUACAAGGGAAUUGUUGAAGCCGUGCUCCAGGCUUUCGAUAGAAUAAAUUCUGACCCCUCUGCGUCUAUCAAAUCAUUCAAAGUGAGCCUACCUCCGACUGAUGGUAUUUUCAAGGUAUGGCCAGAAAGUCAGCAUUUGGUAGCCCUUCCUCCCGGCUGCCAAAUGGUUGUGGCAUCCUCCACACAAGCGACAAUAAUAGCCAGGUCCUUCCUUGAAGUCAUCACGCAAUGUCAAUCAAGAAAGCUCAAGGCCUCCCUCAAAGCUCAUUCAUCGAAUACCGAUCGUUCCUGGCUUCUGGAAACUUGUGGCCGUUUGUGGUCAUCGUUUCAAGCAAUCAGCUCGCACGCGUUCACCCUAACCCAGCGUCAAAUCUUUCAAGUUCGAUUUCUUCAGCUUUUAGAUGAAGCAUUUUAUUCACAGAAAGACGGCUAUCAGUCGUUAAUCUCUUUGCCGCGUUCGCUUACUAUCGUCACCGACGUCUAUUCAGACCUGUUCAGUGCUGCAUACCAAGAACACGAAUCACUUUCUUUGGAGGGUUGCUUGGCUUGGUCACUCAUGCGCCUUCUUUCGAUGACUCGCACCACCACGCAAUAUGGCGUGCAAAGACAACAGAUCCAAAUGGUAGAAAGUUUGAGCUUCCGAAGACUUCGUAGGCUAUUACUCACACUUCCGUAUACUUAUGAAGGCGCAUCCGGCUUUUCGAGUCCCGACUUGAAGGUCGCAAUCAGUGCUGCUUUUGGUCAUGAGAUGGCGGAGAAGUUCAAAGAUAGCUAUUUGACUUCAGAUGCUACAGAUGGCACUAGAGACUCGAUGCCCAAGUUUACUGACCCUACUCUGGAAGCUACGUUUGCAAGCCUUCUUCUGCAGGGAGAGGAAACCGGAGGACAGACAAGUCGACCUACGAAACGAAUAAAAUUGAACGACAGAAGUUGUAAUGAGCAUCAAAGCAAGCUCCUGAACGAUCUUGUUAGCGAAUGCGUCCGAAAUUCAGAACCUGAACAUGUUCAAGUUGAUAAGGCAAUCAGCGAGGAGUCCCCCAAAGACGCUAUCGUUACUCCUCAACAAUUAUUCGAAGCGCGCCAUCCCGAACUCGUAUUUGGGGGGCCUAAUAUAGAUGAUCAGCACGAGUUUCUCAGGUCUUUCUCUUUGAUACCAUGUGCAUAUUCGUCUUCCCUUUUCGAGAUUGUAGGAACCUCGAGGAAUCUGCGGCGACUAUGCUCGGUUUGUGAUAUAGAAAAGAACCACACAAGUCCCGAAUCAGGCCCUGGUAAAGAUUACCACGAGGAUCACCUUGUAGAACAAGCGUUGUACAUAUACGAGAUAACAGACCUCAUGCCACGGGCGCUCCGGCCUCGCGAUCGAGUACUACUUGCGAGUUCAAUACGCCGGCAUGCUUUACACACGCAUGACACGGCAUUCUUGGAUUUGUUUGAAUCAAAGGCCGGGGAAUGGUGUUUAAAAGCAUUGACAAGUUCUCACAGAGAAGUUCGUAUCUCAGCCGGCCGCGCUAUUAUUCCUUUCCUGCAAGGCCAUGUUGCAGAGGUCACUCGAACGAAGAAUCGUCGAGAAACGCUGAAAUUCUUGAAAACCUUAUCAGAACGGAAUGAGCUAGUGGAGCAAGAGACAUUGAUCAUGAUGUGGGGCCAGGUGGCUAGAGUAUGUGGUGACGAAGAGUUGAACCUAGCGUUGCUAUAUCUCAUCGACUGCCUAGGCCAUUCUAAUACCCCCAUUUGUGGGAUCGCUUACAAUGAACUUUCCGGGUUGGCCGCCGCGCUUGAAAAGGCACCAGCAGACUUGAUUAGACCAUUCUGGAGCAGUCUAGCUAUCACUGUUGUGCAAAAUUUGCAUACACGCCCUCAGAAAGCACAACUACUGGCUGACUGGCUCAGCAUGAGUGUUAAUCAACUAUUAAUUUUAACUCAAACAGAUACGGUGCCUUACCUAGUUUUGACUAAGAAGGUCGAUACCCUGAGGCGCAUAGCUACAGCUCGAGGUGCAUCAGCUACAGUCAGAGAUGUCUGUACGCAACCGAGCAGAAAUCUGGCCGCAAUACUUGCCCUCUUGCUGUGCCAACCAUCAGACUCCGUAGAGAAGGCUAGCUUGGAGCUUCUCGUCACAGCCGCGCCUGAAUUUCAAGAGACCUCUCUGCAAGGUCUAAUUUGUGCUGAGCCAAUAUUGGUAGCCUUCGAAAUGCUCAAAAGAGCCGCUGAUAUUGAGCAGUCCAAAAAGAACCAGGUGCAAACUGGCUUCCACACGCUCACCGUUUUGGCCGAAGGUAGACGUGAUAAGAACAAACUUCCGAAGACACAAGUUUUGAAAGGCUUUUUUGAGAAGCACAUUCUUGGUAUCAUGGCUCACAUUACCGCUGUAAUCGACAGUCCCAGAGAUCCUCGUCCUGUGUCGGAAAGAAAGCGAUGUUUAGGAGCUAUUGAAGAGAUGAUCAAUCUUGCUGGCGAGCUUGUUAGCAAUGCAGUCCCACAGAUUCGAGCGUGCUUGCAAUGCGCAUUGGAUGAGCAACAGCUUCGGGAUCGAGCGUUUCAAGUCUGGAUUACUCUGGUUCGCGCAGUCAGUGACGAUGACUUGAGUAUCCUCCUUGAUCCAACGAUGUCGAUUAUUGCACGUCGCUGGUCCAAUUUUCAGAGCGACACGCAAAGCCUGGCUCAUGACCUCGUGUCGGAUCUGUUUAAGAACAAAGGUGACUUGAUCAAAGAGCACAUUGAUACAUUCCCAUCUUUGAGAGGAAUUGAUAUGCUUUCGAAAUUCGAAGGGCAAGUUGCAAAACGAAGGAUAGGGGGAUCAGAUCCACUUCGACAGUUCGACGCCUUCUGUCGUCGACUACAAGACGAAAGCACAACAGUGGUCUCACAAGCUCUUCAAGAAAUUCUUCCGUUCCUAGAGUCAAACCAGCGUGCUCUGCACGAGUCUGCGGUGAGCCAAAAAUCCGGACACACUAUAUCCCAGCUUGCGCGCUGCUUUCUAGACGUCCGCGCCCGCUUUGGCGAUGAUGAUGCCGACAUAGCCCGUUAUGUUUCUUCUGCCUUGGGUCUCAUAGGCUGUAUUGAUUCAAACAAAGUGGAAGCUAUAAGGGAGAAGAAAGACAUACUGGUUCUGUCCAAUUUUGAGCGCGCGGCGGAGGUGAUCACGUUCACUGCUCAUCUGCUGGAGCAUAUACUGGUCAAAGCCUUCCGAUCAGCGCCAAAUUCGAGGGCGCAAGGCUUUCUUGCGUAUGCUAUGCAAGAACUUCUUCGUUUUGGUAAAUUCCAUGAGGUUGUGGGACAGAAGCCACGUGGGGCUUCUAACGAAAUCAGCUAUCAGAAAUGGCACAGCAUGUCAGAGCCCGCUCGUAAUACUCUGAUACCGUUCGUCAGCUCGAUGUAUCGUAUACAAAACAACGUUGGCAACGUCUCUGAUGUUCGGUUAUUUCCAACAUUCAGCAGUGAAACGAGUCACUCUGUUUGGCUACGCACUUUCACGUUUAACCUUCUGCAAAAAGGGAAGGGUGAGAAUGCCGUCAUGCUUUUUGGAGUCUUAUCUCGUGUCAUUCGGGGACAUGAUCUGUCUAUUGCUACAUUCAUGCUUCCUUUCGCUGCAUUGAAUGUGAUUAUCGGUGGCACUGAUAUAGACUCCAGUGAUGUUGCCCAAGAGCUUCUCGCAAUUCUCCAAUACGAGCAAGAAGGUGGCCAGGUCGAAGACGAAGACAUCAAACAGUGUUGUGAAAAUGUCUUCCAAGUCCUCGACUACCUAUCUAGAUGGUUGCAUGAAAGGAGACGAGUAGUUGCCGAUGCGAAGGUCGCUGCCUCGCGUGGAGGCCGUAUGCCCGCCGAACUAGACGAACUUAAGGAAAUUCAACUGAUCAGCAGUGUCGAGAACGUACUCAGUAUAAUACCAGCUGAAGUAAUAUCCCGGCGUGCUGUCGAAUGUGGUUCCUAUGCGCGCGCACUAUUCCAUUGGGAACAGUACAUGCGCCAACAAGCCGGAAAAGCAGAAUCGCUCGGAAUCAUCUACGACCGACAACCCCAUCUGCAGUACAUGCAGCAGAUCUACUCCCAAAUUGAUGAACCUGACAGUAUUGAAGGUAUAUCUGCACAUCUUACGCUUGUCGACCCAGCUCGGCAAGUCCUGGAACAUCGUAAAGCGGGAAGAUGGUCUGCUGCUCAGAGCUGGUACGAGUUGUCUCUUGCUCAAGACCCGGAGAAUCAGGAUUUACAGGUGGAUUUAUUCACAUGCCUCAAAGAGUCAGGCCAAUAUGAUUCCUUGCUAAAUUACGUCGAGAGUUUCAGUAACUCUUCUUCUGUGCUACCUUCUCGGGCCCUGCCCUUUGCUGCUGAGGCAGCUUGGGUCACUGGCAAAUGGGACCGACUGGAGAAGGCUCUCGCACGUGUGCCAGAAGAUGUAUCACUCUCUACACAAGACUUCAACAUGGGCGUUGGUAAAGCCCUACUCGCACUUCGUAAAGGCAACGAGGACAACUUCAAAUCCACACUAUCUGCGGUGCAGGAAGGCAUCACGCGAAGCCUUACGGCAAGCUCAACGUCUUCGCUACAUGCUUGUCACGUCCAACUGCUCAAGCUUCAUCUGUUAUACGAGAUCGAUGCUAUCAGUGGCUGCGGCAACUCGCAGCUGAAGAGCCGCGAGGCUGUCCUGCCAGUACUGAACCAGAGGUUGGAGAUAAUAGGUGCAUACACAUCUGAUAAGCAGUAUGUACUAGGAGCGAGACGAGCCGCUAUGCAGCUAUCGAAACUCCGAUUUACUGAAUUAGACGAAGCAUCGUCGUGGCUGACAAGCGCGACCCUGGCACGCAAAUCAGAGUUCUCGAACACAGCUUACAACGCUGUACUGCACGCAGCUCAGUUAGGAGACGAGGAGGCCAAGAUAGAGCACUCUAAGUUACUGUGGAAAGAGGGCCACCAAAGAAAAGCGAUACAAACUCUCAAAGGUGCCAUUGAUACGGACUCUUUCCGUCCAAGAGAGCCAAAUGCAGCCGAAGUGCCGGCCAUCACACACUCUACAGUAUCUACUGGUAUCGAAGUCAACGACCAACCCAAUCGACUAGUAGCUCGUGCAAAUCUACUACUCACAAAAUGGCUGGAUCAAGCUGGUCAAACACAAUCAAAUGAAAUCACCCGACGGUACCAAAACGUCAUAAAAUCUUAUGCUCGAUGGGAUAAAGGUCAUUACUACCUGGGCAAACAUUAUAACAAGAUCCUGGAAGCAGAGAAAGCUCUCCCAAGGAAUAAGCAAAGCUCAUCAUAUAUCUCUGGAGAGCAUACUAAGCUGGUCAUUGAUAAUUACACGCGAUCUAUGGUAUACGGAGCAAAAUACUACUAUCAGGUUGUUCCAAAAGUCCUCACGCUGUGGCUGGACUUGGGCAUGGAGGUUCAUGAAGCAGCACGGAGAUCCACAGCAGAAGUAGAGCUCUCCAACAUGCGUAUCAAGAAUCUCACGUACGUACACAAACAGCUACAGAAGUAUGCCGUUGAGCGUAUACCACCGUACGUCUUCUAUACGGCAUUCCCGCAAAUCAUUACGCGCAUCAGCCAUCCGAAUGUGAAAGUUUGGGAGGUCCUGCAAGAUAUAAUAUUAAGGAUUGCUUCAGCUCAUCCCCAACAAACAUUGUGGGCUUUGCUGGCUGUCGUCAAAUCGACAGCAGUGGAACGAGCAAGUCGAGGUCAGCAAGUACUCAGUAAACUCAAAGAGAUCUCGAAGAAGCAGCGAGCAGACAACUCGGGACUCGACUUGAGGGUGCUCAUUACGCAUGGCCAGCGACUGACGGAACAACUUCUGAAUGCCUGCGAAGUAGCCGUGGAUGCAAGAGUCACCCAUGUCAGUCUCAGUAAGGAUCUUGCAUUCAACAUGAAAUUAGCACCAUGCCAGUUAGUUGUUCCAAUUGAGGCUACGAUGACGACAAGCCUUCCGAGUGUACGGGACUCGACACACGUUCGCAAACACAAGGCGUUUCCAAGUCCAAGCCUCGCUCUAACAAUAAGCUCGUUCGAGGACGAUGUUCUCGUCUUGAGCUCUCUUCAGCGGCCUCGCAAACUGACUAUAGUUGGUUCCGAUGGCCGUAAGUACGGUCUCAUGUGUAAGCCCAAGGACGACCUCCGCAAGGAUCAACGCCUCAUGGAGUUCAACGCAAUGAUCAACCGGUCUCUGCGGCGCGAUGUGGAAUCGUCUAAGCGUCAACUCUAUAUCAAGACUUAUGGUGUCACGCCCCUAAAUGAAGAGUGCGGCACUGUCGAAUGGGUGGACAAUCUCAAGCCAAUCCGAGACAUCAUCAUUCGCAUCUAUCGUCAGAACAAUGUCGUCAUAGACUAUAGUGAAAUCCGCACCCUUCUCGACGCAGCUUGUGCGAAUCCACCACAUUCCACCGAAAUAUUUACUCUCGACAUACUUUCCAAGUUCGCACCUGUAUUACACGAAUGGUUUACAGAGUCAUUUCCUGACCCGUCUACCUGGCUUGCAGCACGACACCGAUAUUCUCGAUCUUGCGCCGUGAUGUCAAUUGUCGGACACGUCCUCGGAUUAGGCGAUCGACAUGGCGAAAAUGUACUGCUCGAUGCGGAAGGCGGCAUAUUCCACGUUGACUUCAACUGCCUCUUCGACAAGGGCCUGACUUUUGAGAAGCCUGAACUUGUUCCCUUCCGUCUCACUCAUAACAUGCUCGAUGCAAUGGGGCCAGCUGGCAUCGAAGGACAUUUCCGCGUUGCUGCAGAGCUCGUGUUGAGGAUCUGCCGACAAAAUAUGGAUACUCUGAUGACUAUCCUCGAAACAUUUGUGUGGGAUCCAACAGCGGACUUUGUGGGUGCGCAGAAGAAGAGAAAGAGGACUGGCGUUGGGGCAGAUGUGCCUGAUACACCACAAGAAGUGCUAGACGCGGUGCAGAACAAGCUCAAGGGGUUGAUGAAGGGCGAUAGUGUGCCCUUGGGGGUUGAAGGAUAUGUGGACGCGCUGAUUAGACAGGCCAGGAGCGAACGCAAUCUGGCUGCGAUGUACAUAGGAUGGUGUGCGUUCUUCUGAGGGUCGUCAUGAGUGGUAUUGCACCAAGCCGUAUCAUGCUCGAGCCUAUAGUGUAUGGUAUCUAGAAAUGUGCCUAUGGAGGACAGCCUGAGAAGGUAUCAGAAUCCUCAGAAGACCUUAGAAGACUGACUGGAAACAUGAUAUGAAAGACGUAUGAGAGACAAUAGAAGCGAGCGAC